AUGGACCCUAGCGUGGAUUACUGGCAAGUGCCUGCAGCCACGCCUCCGAACGGCACAAUACCCAACUUUGUCAAUCCUCCGAGUAUUGGGUAUCAGCAGACAACGACCAACAUUGUGGUGCUGGUCAUCAUGAUUAUCGUUGUCGCCCUUCGACUCUACACACGAAUCUUUAUUGUCAAAUCUUUUGGCUACGAUGACUGGGCAAUGAUCGUUUCUCUCCUUAUAUGCAUAACAGCCAUAGCUCUCUAUCAGGCUUUGGUUCAUCUCGGUAUGGGACGACACCUAUGGGAUGUUCCGCUCGCUCAGUUCUCUCCACACUUCCUCAAGUUGUACCUCAUCGCCUCGGUCUUCUACAGCGCCUCGAUGCUCUCCAUCAAAGUCGCCAUCAUGUUACUGUAUCGUCGUCUGUUCCCGAUACAAAACUUCAUAUGGCGUUGGUGGGCGGUCUUUCUGUUUGCCGUUGGCUAUUCCGUGGCUGGUAUCCUAACGGAGAUAUUUGACUGUACUCCGGUCUAUUUCCAAUGGGAUAUCUUUGCUAAAGGAAAAUGCAUCAACCGUCCAGCUUUCUACAUCGCCAACGCCGUGUGUAACUCUGUCAGUGAUCUACUGAUCCUUGCGCUUCCGAUUCCAAUCGUGUGGAAUCUUGCACUCACUCGUCGAAAAAAGAUCACCCUGUCGCUGGUUUUCGCCAUGGGCUCUGCCGGAUGCAUUGUCAGCAUCAUCCGUCUCAGGAGUAUCAUCGCCUAUCUUCAACAGGGCAACUCGGACUUGACUUACGUGAUCAAUGAUUUCGUAGUCUGGUCUGCCAUCGAAACCAUGAUGUCUAUGGUCUGCACGUGCGUACCUACCCUGAAGCCUCUCUUCGAGGCCUACUUCCGCGGUAUCUUCUCCGGGAGCACACAAGACUCGAAGAACACAGGUCAAUACUUCAGAACUGGUGGGAGGGCUACCGAUCACAGCCGCGGAGGCUCCAACCUCGAUCCCUUCUACGGCGAUGUUGAACUAAGCAGACACAAGCAUAGAGCGCAGGUCACCGCCAACAAUGUGGAUUCGGACACAGAAAGUACAGAUGAGAUCCUUGCUCACCGGCCAUCGAACCUUGAGGAUCAUGUGGUGGAUGAGAGACACACGGACAGCAUUGUGGUAUCACGCACGUACCAAGUCAGGACGACUGCUGAUCUGUAG